AUGAAUUAAAGAGAAAGAAGAAGAAUAUAUUCCUUAUAAAAUAAAGAUCCAAUUAAUAUCUUGAAAUCUCGUAUAGAUGUCUCCAUGGAUAAUUUAUAAAAGAGAAAGACUUUAAAUUCUGAAUUACCUUAAUUAAUAUAGAACAAAAUGUAAAUGGUUAAUUACACAGCUUCUAUGUAAUUAUAACAGAAAACUAAAUAUGAACAAUUAUCUUUAAAAAUUCUAAAGGAACCCUAUAGGGCAUUAAAUAUAAAGUAAAGAAUGAUAACCAAUCAUUUUACGUUACAGUAAAAAAUUUAAGACACUAUAGCUUAUGAUUGCAUCAAACAUAUUUUAUCAAACACAGAUAAUACAAUAAUUAAGGGAUAAGUAAUACUUCCUGUUUAAAAUGAAUAAUAAUAUACUAUUCCAGUGUCAAGAUAAGGUAGUAGAGUAGUGAAGUAUGAUCAUUAUGGAUUAGUAUUUGGAGGACAUUCUCAUAGAGAGAAUAUUGAAAUUCAUGCAAUUUCAUUAUUGAAUGGUUAAUGGAAAAGGAAACAAGAAUUUUGUUAAUCAUAAAUAGAAUAAUUGAAAUUAAGAUAGAUUCUAAACCCAAAUUUGAGAUUAGGUUGUUAUUUUAGUUUAAAUAUUGAUGAAAAUAAAACAAUUUAUGCUUUUGGUGGAGAGAAGAAUACAAAUAGCAGAAGGACAACUAAUAUGGUAACUAAGAUAAGUUUAGAAGAUGAUAGAUUAGAAUGGUAGUAAUAUUAAACUUCAAUUGGUUGUCGUAGAAAUCAUAGUGGAAUUUAUAGUCAUAAUCAUCUUAUUAUUAUUGGUGGACUAGAUGAUAGUGAAUUAAAUACGAAAUUUUAUAAUGAUUUUUAGAUGAUAAAUUUGAUUAAUAUGAAUUGUACUCAAUUUUAUCCAAAGUUUUAUUCGAAAUAAGUUAUUUAAAAUGAUCAUCCUUUUUAAUUAGGUAUAGCCUAUCAUAGUGCAACUUUAGUAGGUAAUCCAUAUUUAAGAAUGAAUUAUGAUUUUACUUCAAAUACAAAAAAGGAAGAAUAAGUUGAUUAAUUGUUUACAAAAGAAGGCAUUUAUAUUUUUGGAGGAAAGGAUAGUGAAGACAAUCUAUAUAAUGAAUUGUAUUAAUUAAUUAUUGAUACUUAUCCAUCAGUAUUAUAGAUUGUGGAAACUUUAGGUUAGAGACCAUCUGGUAGAAGAUCUCAUAGUAUGAAUUAUGAUGAAAAGAUAAGUGCAUUAUUAUUAUUUGGUGGAACAAAUGAAAUGGAAUGUUUUGGAGAUUUGCAUUUGUUAUUUUUAAAGAAUUAUACUUGGUAGAAAGUAUAAUUACAAGGGUAUUUGGAAUAUCCAUUUAGAUAUGAACAUUGUAGUGUUUAUAAUGAAGAUAAGUUAUUUAUAUUUGGAGGUUUAAGCUAAAAUGGAUUUUUAAUGUAUAAUCCUAUUUAAAUAUAAAUUAAAUUUAAAACAAUUCGUAAACAUAAUUGAAUCUAAUUUAUAUAUUUUUAUUUAUAGUAAAUAUACAUUUCAAACAUAUGUAAAUAAAUAAAGUCUGUUGUUUUGGAGCAGGUUAUGUGGGAGGACCAACAAUGGCUGUGAUGGCCUCUAAAUGUCCAAAACAAACAUUCGUUGUUUAUGACAUAAAUGAAUUAUAAAUUAACAAAUGGAAUAACAAGCAAUAUCCAGUAUAUGAGAAAAAUUUAGAUGAAUAUAUAAAUUAAACAUUGGAUAACAAUUUAAUAUUCACAUGUGAUAUAGAUAUUGCUUUAAAGGAUUGUGACAUCGCCUUUCUAGCUGUCAAUACUCCAAGUAAAAAAUAUGGACUUGGAGCUGAAUCAUCAUUAGAUAUAUCAUAUAUAGAUAGUUGUUUAUAAGAGAUUAAAAAAUACCCUUUAACUAAAAAGUUAAUAUUAGUAGAAAAAUCAACUGUUCCAAUUAAAACUUGUGAUUAUAUAAAUGCUGUUCUAAAGGAUAAGAAUAUUUGUGUUCUAUCUAAUCCUGAAUUUUUAGCUGAAGGCACUGCUAUCCAAGAUCUUCUUAAUCCAGACAGAGUCAUUAUUGGUGGGACUAUUGAAUACGCUUAGUAAUUGGCAUCAUUGUAUUAAUAAUGGGUACCAAAGGAGAAAAUCAUAUUCACCAAUAUAUACUCAGCUGAAUUAAGCAAAAUUGUUGCAAAUUCUUUCCUUGCUCAAAGAGUUUCUUCAAUCAAUAGUAUAUCAAUAAUUUGUGAUAAAAUUGGUGCUGAUGUUAAUGAAAGUAAUUUGAUCAGACUCUCUUAAUUUAUUAGUUUCUUAAUGCGUAGGGAGCGAUAGUAGAAUUGGUAAUAAAUUUUUGAAGACAUCAGUUGGAUUUGGUGGAUCAUGUUUAAAAAAAGAUCUCUUAUGCUUAAUUUAUUUAUGUGAAUCACUAUAAUUGGAUGAAGUAGCACAAUAUUGGAGAUAAGUGUAUUUACUAAAUGAAUUUUAAAAGCAAAGAUUUUAUAAUCUUAUAAUUACAUCUAUGUUUAAUAGUUUAAGAAAUAAAAUUAUUGUUAUUUUGGGAGUAACAUUUAAAGCUAACACCAAUGAUACAAGAGAGAGUGCUUCUUUGAUGAUUAUUCAAAAAUUAUAAGAAGAAUAGGCAAUAUUGAGAAUUUAUGAUCCCUAAGGUAAAAUAGAUAAGUUGGAAUAAUAUUAGAGUUUGGAUGGUAUAUUUUAAGGAGCAUCUGCUAUAGUGAUAUUAACAGAAUGGGAAGAGUAAAAAUGAUAAGAUUAUUAUGAUAGGUUUACAAAAAUAGAUUACGCUCAAGCUUAUAAUUAAAUGGCCAAACCUUCUUAUUGUUUUGAUGGUAGGAAUUUAUUAUAAGGGGAUAUAAUGAAGUCUCUUGGAUUUUUAUAUUAUGGAUUAGGUAGAAUAUGA